AUGCACUAUGUCUCCCUAGAGGAGUCAGAAGUAUGGGAAGUCCUACCUGAAGUGACAGGGUCAGACUUCGGCUUGUUCGCUGCCAUAGUCAAGGCAAUAUACCCUGGAUGUGAAGAAGGAGACCAUCAUAUUCUGUUCCUGAACCUUAUCAUCCGGUCCGAUCCUUCUCUCAAGCCUCCUCCGGUUCCCAGUGGUUCUGGGCUCGCCCCUCUGGACUCUCGGCUCUCAUCGCCAGAUUCAGACAGGGAGGGCUCUGGCAGGGCCAGCAAUAGGGCCGACGGUUCCCUUUCCCCGGGGCCUGAAGGCAGCGAGUUCGACUUUGGUCAGGCUGAGAUGUUGACUUCAGCUCUUCCCCAAUUUGGGCUGCAACACCCUUCAGACGACACACCUCUCCGUGGGGGGGGCAGUGUGCUGCUCUCCCCUGAAGGAGGGCCUUGUGGCCAUAUUUGUGAGUGUUCUGGAGGAUCGGCAGUCUCCCCUUCCAUUCCUCCCCUCAAGAAGUGGAAAGGCAAGCAGCGGGCCACACUUCCCUCUAGGGAUUCACCAGAUCCGCCAAUUGCUUCUCCCUUGCCUUCGCCAUCUCGGGCCACCACCCCCCUUCCCCCAGGGAGGUUGCGCAUUCCAGGGGGGCGUUCGCGCGGCUCUAGCAGAGUUUCUUCCGCCCCUCCCCCUGUGUCACAUCGGGCCAUGAUCUGGGAGACCCUGCGGUUCAAGAGCAGGUCAGACUGGCAUUUUGCGACAACACUCAAUGGCAUUUCCAGGCCUCAGGCUCAGUUCAACUUCCCAGAGCAGGCAACUCGCACCCUUCUUCCAGGGGCAAAGCUCGGCUCUCUCUCCUUUGGCAUUUCAACCGCCGCCUCUGUUGCCCCACACUCAUUGCCCGUGGCACCAUCACAACUCCUGGGCAACACUCUGCCAGAGUCCAAGGCGGUGGCCAUGGCCUUGCGUAACAAUUGGCUCGUGCACAUUCCCUUGUCAGCCUUGUCCACCAAGUCCUUGCUGCACUUGGGUGCUUCCAUUCGCUCCCAGCUGGAUUCCGACCAGUCACUUUUGGUGAAAGAAGGAGUCUUAACAGUGUCCGCACCGCACCUUGAUACAAAGGUGGAAGGCCUGAUGACAGCGGAGGAUUGGCAGCAUGCUUGGCCACGGCUGGUCAAUAUGAUCAGAUGCUACCUGCCUGGUGAGGAGGCUGGCGUCAUAGCCGAUGAUUGGUGCUCCCAUUUUGAAGCUAUCUAUGAACGCUACGACUUCUUCCUCCGCCAGGCCUUCAUCCACAACCACUCUUUCAACCCUGUGCAUUGGCAGGAAGAGGUGUGGAAGGCUAUAGUUCGUGACCACGAAUCUCUGGCUGCUAGCUCCCAGCCCUUUCCAUCUGGGGGACGAGGAGGGGGCAGCUCCUCGUCCUUUCGCUCUGCCUCUACGUCUACGGCCGUUUCCAAACCCCCGUCCACUCCCGCGUCACGCGAUUCCUCGCAGCCUGUGUCAGCUCACCGCUGCAUCUUCUGUGGUAAGGCUGGUUGUCAUUCCUGA